AAACAGUUCUUACGAAUUCCCCGAAGGCCUCCUUGGGACGAGAGCACAAGCCCUGAGGUUCUGCAGCAAAACGAGAGGGACAGUUUUCUUACAUGGAGAAGAGAACUGGCUCGGCUGGAAGAGGAACAGAAGUUGAUUCUUACCCCUUUUGAGAGGAAUCUUGAUUUCUGGAGGCAACUCUGGAGAGUUAUUGAGAGGAGUGAUGUUGUGGUUCAAAUCGUUGAUGCCAGAAAACCGCUUCUCUUCCGCUGUCCAGAUCUUGAAAAAUAUGUAAAAGAGGUCUCAGUUCACAAAGUAAACAUGCUUCUGCUGAACAAAGCCGACCUGCUCACUAGAGAACAGAGGCGAGCUUGGGCCCGAUACUUCCAGAAAGAGGGGAUCAGAGCAGUGUUCUGGUCCGCUUUAGCUGAGGCACAACGACUCGAGGCAGAGGAGAAGGGAGAAGAGCUGAUGGACCAAGAGGAUCAGAGUGAUACAGAACAGGAAGCAACAGAUCUUCAUGAGGAGCAUAGCACUUCAACAAAUGAAGAGAAAGAUGAGAGUGUGCAGGAUGAAGAAGAGGAAAGUGAAGAAGCAAGAGUCUGUGUUGAUGAGACAGAAUGGCAAACAUGCUCUGAGGAAUCAGGAGACGAAGAUCAUGCUGAGGAGAAACCAGAAUCCACAGCGGUUUCAUCUUUCUACAACUCGAGCCGUUUGUUACGCAGAAAUGAGCUGCUGGAAAUAUUUAAGUCUGUGCAUUCUGGGCUGGCGUGCAAAGAUGGACAAAUCACAGUUGGAUUGGUGGGAUAUCCUAACGUUGGAAAAAGCUCUACCAUCAACACCAUCCUGAGGAAUAAGAAAGUCUCAGUUUCAGCUACACCUGGACACACAAAGCAUUUUCAGACUCUGUUUGUUGAUCCUGGUCUCUGCCUGUGUGAUUGUCCCGGACUGGUCAUGCCUUCCUUUGUGUCCACCAAAGCCGAGAUGAUCUGCAGCGGGAUCCUACCCAUCGAUCAGAUGAGAGAUCACGUUCCAGCCAUCUCUUUGGUAUGUCAGACUAUCCCUCAAACUGUGCUGGAGGGGACCUACGGUAUCAACAUCAUCAGACCGAGGGAGGACGAGGACCCCGAUCGACCCCCGACUUACGAGGAGCUGCUCAUGGCAUAUGGAUAUAUGAGAGGCUUCAUGACAGCACAUGGCCAGCCAGACCAAUCAAGAUCAGCCCGUUAUAUUUUGAAAGACUAUGUCAGUGGUAAACUCCUUUACUGCCACCCUCCACCUCACAUCAACCCUCAAGACUUUCAGCCUCAGCAUGCCAGGUUUGCCAGGCAGAGUGGAGGAUUCGAACAGAUUGCUAGCCAUGCUGACAAACCAGAAAAAGUCAGACGCAUAGAGAACACCGUGGAUAAACAUUUCUUUCAUCAGGAAAAUGUGCAAGCGCUGACCAAGGGUGUGCAGAUGGUGAUGGGUUAUAAGCCCGGAAGUGGUCCUGUUGGGCCUUUAAACGCAAACACAGAACAACAGACUGGGAAACCUUGGAAAAAACAUGGUAACCGGAACAAGAAGGAGAAAGUGAGAAGACUCAACAAACAUCUGGAUGCAUAAUCCAUAUUCUAAGAUGUUUGGAUUGGAUACACUCUUUAUAGCAAAGACCAUAAUUUCACCAUGGCUCAUACCUGGAUGUGAUUGAUUAGUGCUGCUGGAAAUUCCUCUUUGUUUAAAAUAUCACUUAUAAUAAUAACAAACUAUCACUCUGUAUUUUAUCAGUGUAUGGGAUGAAGAGAUUAAUGAACACAGGCAACCGCUAAUAAAAGAAGCCCUCUUAAAAUGUCA